AUUUAAUUAGUCAGGAUGCGACCUUUGGAUGUGAAGUUAUGUUUUCUUAUAAUAUCAUCCAGUGCUGCUGUUGCUGGGCAGACUAUAGAAGAUUAUUUUCCUCCUCUCUCAGAUGAUUCAACGGUAUACGGACUAUGGCCUCUAAUAACUCCAUUGCUAAAUGUGUCUCCAGAAUGUAGAACAGCAAGCAUUAGAUAUACCAACAACAUUACCGGAAUGAAGGAAAUGACAAUGUUUGAUUCCUCCGGAAAGCUUCCUGUGGAAGGGAUGUUUUCUGAUACAAUUCCUCUGGCAGUUUGUGACCUAGUUGGAGAAUCAAUACCUGGUUUCAGCUGCAAGGAGAGUAUUCUAGCAGGAGUAAAUUUGAACAUUCCACUUGGAUCCGCAUUUUCUUAUGGAGAUUCUGCAACAUGUAUUAAGGCAAAGGGGAAGCAUUGUCUGGCAUUGGUCUUACCCAGUCUUGAAGACAGCAGUUUAGUCCGCAGUUUUGAAACUAUUGCUGAAAAUAAAAAUGUGAAUCUUCUGGCUGAGUUUAUUCAAACUGAUGCUGUGUCAAGAAGUAUACUUGCUGCCAACAAAGAUUUUUUUAAUGCUUUUGCUAACUGUUCAGAAUGCCAAUCAUUAAUCAAUAAGGUCAAUCCAUCCUUAUCCUCAGCAGGAAGUUAUGCUUUUAUGUUCUGGGCAUUUAUUCAAGCUCAGACUGGUUGGCCAGUUGGUUUUGGAACUUGCAUACCAGAAGAAUGUCAAUAUCAAGAUGUUGGGUUAAAUUUGAAUGGAUUUACACAGCUUCAGCUGUUUAAUGCUGUAGAAUUUGAUCCCAUGGGUUACACAAGUAACUCUGAAUAUUUCUGUAUGGAUGAUCAAUUCAAGCAUGAAUGGACUAACCUGUCAUUUGCCAUAGCAGUUAUAUUUGGUAUACUAGCUGUCUUGAUAUUAUUGGGAACCUUAACUGAUAUAUUGCUAAACUUGAUCAUGUUUGGAGAAGCCAAAAGUAAACAAAACGAUAGCUUCUGGACUAAAGUGUUCUGUUCCUUCUCCCUUUAUUCAAACUGGAAAGCAGUGAUGUCAACGCAUGCAGGGGGACAGGACACCCUGACAUGUCUUCACGGUAUGAGGUUUAUAAGCAUGACCUGGGUGGUUCUAGGUCAUAGUUUUAUAUUCACUUCAGUCUACUCUAAUGUUAAGAACCCUAUUCUAUUGGGAGAAAUAUUUGCUGGCAAGCUUGGACUUGCUUUUGAAGCUGUUCUUAUUGCAACUCCAUCAGUGGACUCAUUCUUUUUAUUAAGUGGACUUUUGGUUGGCUACUUGACGUUCAAAGAACUAGACAAGUGUGAGGGUAAAAUGCCACUGGUCAUGUUCUAUGUGCACAGAUAUGUACGAUUGACCAUUCCUGUAGCGUUUAUUUUGGGUUUUGUCAUUACUUUCCUGCCAGUUCUAGCGAGCAAAACUAACCAGUUUACAUAUCAUGUAGCACUGCAGCAAGCUGAGUCUUGUACACAACAUGGUUGGAGCAUUCUGUUGUAUCUAAACAACUUCUUUGUGGGUGGAAACGAUUGUAUUGGUGUGACAUGGUAUCUCUGUGAUGACAUGAUUUUCUUCUGGAUUUCUCCAGUCGUAAUCUACCCAAUGUGGAACAAUAAGAGAGGACAAGCUGUAUUCUACUGGUUUGUUUGGUUAGCAGCCUCUACUUUCCCAUCAGUUUACCAAACAUGGAGGUUCAAGUUCGGAGUAGACGGGAACUAUGUGGAAGGAGCAGACUUACAAUUUUUGGAGGUUUAUGCUAAAACAACCACCUUCUACUUUGCUCCUUGGAACAGGUUCCAACCAUACCUUAUUGGCAUUCUUUUUGGUUACAUUCUCCAUACUACAAGAGGGAAACAAGUCAAAAUUAGUCCAAAGUUAAAUAUAAUUUGCUGGCAAGCUGCAUUUCUAUCUGCCUUCUCAAUUGUCUAUGGGCUUUAUUCUGAACAUGAAAGAGGAAAGCUGACAAAUCUAGAAUACACUCUUUACAAUGGAUUUCACCGCAUUGGUUGGUCAAUGUCCUUAGGUUGGGUAAUCUUUUCAUGCUCAAAAGGCUAUGGUGGUAUUGUAAAUGAUUUCCUAUCCUGGAGUUUCUUUCUUCCUUUAUCCAGACUAUCCUUCAUGACUUAUCUAAUUCACACCAUGGUCAUCAUAUUUAACUCAUCAAAUUUCUAUGCCACUUCAAUGACAUUGCACUGGUUGCUGUUGGUUGGUUUCUACCUGGGGCACUUGAUAAUAUCUAUAGGGAUUGCUCUUGUGCUCACCAUUACCAUUGAAUCCCCCUUCAUUCGGCUUGAGAAAAUACUUCUUGGAGGAGGCAAGCACAGUGGAGCUCAUAAGUUACCAGCUAAGAAUAUUGUUAAAUAAAACUGUUAAAUGCAAAAUAAAUAAUAUUUUAUCAAUG